AUGGCGAAACGAGGCCUCGAGAUCUGCGACAUGAAGAUCCAUACCGCCAUGAAUGACCUAAACCGGUCUGUGGCCGAGAUCGACAAGUUCGACCCCGCCACGGGGGACAAGUCCAUCGACAACCUGAAGACCUGGCUCGAGGCCACCCUCACGUUUCAGGAGGUCUGCGUCGACGCGUUCGCCAACACCACGGGCCCCGACGGGCACAAGAUGAGGGAGAUCCUGACACUGUCUGGCAUGGCGGCCUGCAACUGUCUGGCCAUGGUCGACGGAUGGACGAGGAUUAUGCAGAAGACCAACCCCAGUGCAGCUGCACCGCACAGGAGGCUGCUCGGUGGCGGAGCGUCGACGGGUACAAAUGAUUUCCCCGGGUGGGUCACGCCGACGCAGAGGAAGCUGUUGGCCUCUGCGCCGGCUGACAUCAAACCAGACAUUACUGUGGCUCAGGAUGGGAGCGGGCAGUUCAAAACUAUUAAUGAUGCCAUCAAGAGCAUCGGAGCGAACUAUAAAGUCCCCUUUGUGAUCUAUAUUAAGGCCGGGGUUUAUAAUGAACAAGUCAUCAUUCGUAAUGAGCUUGUUGGUAUCAUGUUUAUCGGCGACGGUCCAAACAAUACUAGGAUCACCGGCAACAAGAAUUAUAGGGACGGGUUUCAAACUCAAGAUACCCCCACAGUUGCGGUAUUGGCACCAGGGUUCAUAGCCAAAGACAUGGGAUUCGAGAACACGGCUGGACCAGAGGGCUUCCAGGUCGUUGCCUUUCUCACGCAAUCCGAUUACUCUGUUUACUACAAUUGUCAAUUUCACGGCUACCAAGACACCUUGUGCCCUCUGGCAUAUCGUCAAUUCUACCGCGAUUGUGUCAUCUCCGUACCAUCGACUUUAUCUUCGGUGUCGCUCGCACCGUUCUCCAGAACUGCACCAUAA